AUGACUUGCAGCAUCAUCUUCGCUAUCCUCCUUGCCUUAUGGAUCCCCAUGGCGGGAAGCUACGUCAUCUCAGGCUCGCUCACCUGGGAGAGGAUCGGGGUGGUUCCUCAGAUGCUGGUAUCUCCUCAAGAUUGCGUGCAGUAUCUGGACGUGCUCCUCCCUUCAGAUCAAGUGUCUACGUGCACAAGGGCACCGGCGAAGAUCCUCUUCCAUGUCUCUCUCCUCGUACACAGCUCCUUCUUCGGCGCCGGUGCGCCCGGGGGGGUGGGCGGGGAGGUGGAUGUCAGCUCAAGCUUCAAAUUCAGCCUCGGGGAUGCCGGUGCGACAGCUACCUCCUUGAAGUUCAGAGUGGUGGGCAUCCGAGACUUCAUGGUCGGGUCCGUCGCACACAAGGCCUUCCAACUCCGUUACGAUCUCGUCCGCCUCUACAGCUGCUCGAGCUCCCUGCCUGAAGUCAUAGCAUCCUUCGAGGGUGUCAAUCGGUUCUCCCAGUGCACGACUACGUCAAGUCAGAUCUGCCUUGCUCCUGCUCCAGAAGCAGGCGAUAGUCUCUGCAGCACUGCCAUGGCGAACUACUCCAGCUCUCCUUUCCGCCUGACUACCAGGGUGACGUUUGCUGAGUGUGCUGGUACGAGCACAGGCUACAACGAGUAUCAGAUGAGCCCGUUGAACAACCAUCACUCUCCCGUAGCACCGAUGCUACCGAUCUUCACCAUCCCCCUGGUGUCAGAUGCAAGUCGGACUGUCAGUCUUGCGCUUCCAGGUUUUGAUGAGGACGGUGCAAGCAAGGCUACCAACUGCGUUGAGUCUUGUAACAACGUUGACAUGACUUGGGAUAUAGCAAAGGUGUCGACCGAUGGGUAUACACUUUCCUGCCAUUCUGAUUACACUGCUGGCGUUCGAGGUCAGUGGAAGCUCAGCCCCAACGACGUCGCGGCAGGAGGGGGGAUGCAGCUUGCGCUCCAGGGACCGAUGAAAGGGCAGACCAACGGCAGCCCCGUUUACCCUCUCCGGCUCAAGGUCACAGAUAGGCUUCAGGUCUAUGUCUACUUGGAACUCGCCAUGAUCGUCUGCCCUACCAUCUCCCUCUACACCUUCGGCGUGGUCAACGUGACCGUCGAUCCAACUGAUCAGGUGAGAAACCUUGCCCCUAUCUUCGUCGCCCUCGGACCGAGGCAUUCGCCUCCACCACGGCUCAUAGAGUGCUUCGUUGGGUCCUCUUGCUCUUUCAACGUUUCAGCCGUCGCCUACGACCUUUCUUCCUCCAAGGUCUGCUACUGGGACCUCCAGCCGGGUGUCUCCGACUCGCUCCUCUGCGACAGGAGCUUGCAGACGAUGACUGGGGGGGACGCGGUGGAGAUUGACACACAGCAAGCAGCCCUCCAGGGAUGCAAGGACGCCAUGCAGGUGUCGCCCGGCACUUCCAACUGCCACCUCUUCGUCAAGCAGCCCACCGCCAACAACACAGCUCUCCUCACUGUCUCAGUGUUUGGGAGUCGCCCGUUGGCCGCGCACCCCGUCGAGUCGGACACUGGCCGCAAGCUCGCCAUGUGCUUCCAAGCAAGGAAGUGCCCUACUUGUUGUUACGGCCUUCCGCAUUGUGUUACCAUUCACAUCUUCGGCCGCAAGCCAAGGAUUGUUGCCCCAGGUCUCUCUCCCACCUGCAAGUUGUUCUCCUUCUUCUCCAACGAGAGCUUUCAGAGCAACGUCCCCAACAUCGACUUCAGCAGCGACUGCGUCAACUUGCCCGCGUGCUGGAAGCAGCUAACAAGACAUCCAGACAACUCGCCCGGCAGGCCUGAGGCGAACGGAUGGCCUUCCCAGUACGCGCAAGGAGCAGCCACCACCAACUUCCUCUUCACAGCAGUCGACGAUGACUACGGUGACACGGUUACAAUGAACUUCCUGGAGCAGCCCCAGUACUCGAGCAUCUUCUUGCUGGAUCCGGCGUUCGUCAGCAAAUCCACCAGCACAAGAUACUUGCAGGGAGCCUGCUACUCUACAGACUUGUACCAGCAAAACCCGCACUGCUCAGUAGCUUCUCUCUUCCUCAACGUGACUGUCACCUUCGGCAACACCAACGGAACGGCUCCGAUGACGUUUGUGCAAGGCGGGGACCGGCAGUCAGUGCUCUUCACCAGCGACAAGCAGGUCUGCUUCAUUGCAACAGACAACCAGGAUCUCAAUCUCACCAUCCGGGCAAGGGAUCCAAACCCUGAGAAUGUCGUCUCCAUCCUAUCGCUAGAGGACCCCGGGCUGCCAGACCUGCGCAUCGAUCCUCUUCAGUGCGUCCCACAUAUCAACGUGCCAAACAACCGUCUCAACAACCAGCUCAUGGACUCGCAGUGCUCUGAGGGCUUCAGAAGAUUGCAGUGGACACCAGCCGAGGAGGAAGCGGGAAAGAGAAUCCGCGUUUGCUUCGUCGCCCGAGACGAUUCCACCAUGUGCUCCCAGCAUCUCAACUUCCUCUUCAGCCCUGAGUCCCCGCUCGCCACGUCAGCAGGCUACUACAGCCUGCCCUACUGCAUCGACCUCGACGUCGUCCCCUCCUCCCUCCAAUGGCUGCCGCCCCUUGCUGGUACUGAGCUGGGGACUCCGUACUUUGCGCACGUGGGUUGCAAGAGCUCCUGGACUUUCACCUUGUCCGGGGGGAACUACACAUCCGUCAUAGCGCUGUCCCCGGACACGCAGCUCUCUCCUCAGUGGGCCCUGUCGGCGCUCCAAGUAGGCGUGACAAGCGUGUCUGAGCUGACCUUCGGGCCCGUCAGAGGUCAAGAGGGUUCAACCUUCCGCGUCUGCCUUGUAGGAUCAGCAAGAGGGUACGGGAUGCGGGGAGGGGCUGUCAGGGACAUAGCCGGCAUGCAGUACUCAUCGUACCAGUGCCUGGACAUCAAGGUCAGGAAGUGCAAGUACUGUACCAGCGAACACGAGACUAUGCUCCUCCAGAUGAAGAGGUUCUCAGCUGAAACGAACUGGCUCCGACUGUUUGCAGCCAACGCAAUAGACGACAACGACGAGCUAACAACGUCUCUUGAAGAUCCUGAUGUCCUCUCGACUCAAGGGCUGCAAGCUCUGCUCAACAUCGGACCGAUCUAUCAGCUCAAGGAGGGAGAGUCGAUCUUCAGCGUCGCUGCGAGGUUUCAGACAACAACCAAGAGCAUCUUGAACUUGAACCCGGACUUUCAAAACGUCGACAUGCUCAAGGAGGGGCAGGACGUCUGCCUUAUCCCCUGCUCCAUGUAA